AUGGAUGAACGACCAAGAAGUGGGUUUAACGAUUUUGAUUAUAAUAUUGAACAAGCUUACGAUGAUGGUUUUGAUGAUGAAGGAACAAUGGAUGAAGAGGAAAUGUUAAGUACUGAUGAGGAUGAUGUAAACGAAUUGCAGUUGCUAGAAGACGAUGCCAAUUUAUCGUUAGAAGAAUUACGGGAGCGUUAUUAUGGAAGAUUAGAAGUUGAUGCUCAGUCUGUUUCGGAACAAUCCUCAUCGGGUGAUGAAACUACUGUUGCUGAAGAUGAAGUGUCAUCAGCUUCAGAUGACAGGGCCGAUAUAGGUUCUCCAGCUGCUGCGCAUCAUACAAAUUAUUUUUCUGAAGAUGACGAUGAAGAAUAUCUUCCACCCGAUCCUUAUCGUAAGCAAAUCCGAAUAGGCCCAUUUUUCCAAGCCGUUAUUCCGGGAUUCGCAAAUGUCGUGGAGGAGGGUGAAAGUGAAGAUUAUGAAGAAUUAUUAUGGUCGCCACAUAAUUUUCCAGAAGAGGAAGUGGAGUCUUAUCUCAGAAGAUACCAUGAAAUGGAUAGUAAUAGUUGUAGUUCAACAAGAGGGACCGAUAACACACGAUCGCUACCAACCACUAGUCAGCCUUACCUUCGUGAUGACGAGAAUGCUUUGAAGGGUCUUUUGGAUGCAAAUUAUAACACUAGUGAUGCUUUUUCUCAUUUUCCUUUUCCAUCUGCAAAUGCACCUCGGAUCACAGCUCAUGGUCAUUCAACAAGAUGGAAUCUAAGGUUGCCUCACAGGACAGUCGGCGAAUUGAUUCAUUUUUACUAUAUCUGGAAGAAAACAGAACGACACGAUAUGUUUGAAGAACGCAUAAAAGGAGUCCAAGGGAACCCUAAUUGCAUCAAUCAGAAUAGAAUGGGAAGUAUAUUUGGUUUGAAAUAUUUGGUCUUCAGUGACCACAUGGGAAGUCUUAUCGAUCAUUUUGGGCAUGUGGCUGGCGAUGCAACCUCAAUCCUUUCUUCAUCUGUUCGGGUCAUAUCUUCUGUUGCGCAUGACAAUUUGAAUGUAUCGUUAUCGAAGGAAAGGAUUAAUGGCUGGUAA